CAUUCGGCGAUUUUUCAAUGAAAUCUGUUAAAAAACUCAAGCACAACGAAUAGUAAUACUUAAAAGAACGCUUAAAACUAUUUCCCGAAUACUUAAAAGAACCUUUUAUACGAUGUCAAUGAAUUACUUACUUUACUAGCAAAGAAAAUGAAAUAAAACGAAUAAACCAUUAUGGCAAUGGCAAUGAGAAAACGGAGCGUAUCAGGCUCCAAACGACAGCAUAAAGGAAAGCUCGUACCAAUAUAUGAAAGUUUCUUCAAAGGAGAAGAUUUGACGUUAGCACAUCCAAAUUUUUGGAACGAACUAUUCUUAAUCAAACCUAUGGUUCCACAUAUCGAGAGUGAAAUUUUGCAUAUGACAUCAGAACAAUUAAAUGCAAGCAAAGAAAACUUGAAUGCCUUAGUCUGUCAUUGCGUGGACACGUUAGUCGACGAACAUCCAUUCAGAGUUGUAUAUGCUUUACAAACUUUAGCAGCUGUUAUUCAAUCUAUGUAUAAGAAGGCUAGUCAAGGCGACUGUGGAUUUAAUUUGAUAGAUAUUCUAGUAGGAUUUGAUUCCGCGGAACAAAGGAUGACUACAUUAAUGCAACACUGUAAUAAUUUUUUAACAGGUGAAUACCCUGAUAGCUUAAAAGCUUUGUGCUUGAAAUUAUUAUUAAUUAUUGUAACUGGCAUGGAUAAUGUUAGUCAAAACACUUUGUUGGAAUAUGUUAUGCUUAAUAGUGUUUUUGAAUCUCUGGUUCAAUUGUUAAGAGAUACCGCAGCUAGAAGCCGUCAUGGCCAUGACGCAGUAUUACUAUUAACACUUCUGGUCAAUUAUAGGAAGCACGAAAGAGCAAAUCCUUAUAUCGUUAAGUUAUCGAUUUUAGAUGACGAACUAGCUCUAAAUGGAUACGGCCAAGUGAUAUCGAGUUCAUUGACGGAGUUUUGCAGACAAUUUGCUCAACAAAGAGCAGAAAUACAAGCAUCUUGGCUAUCUUCCCUGACCAGUAUAGUAGGAAGUAUGUUCGUCGGAGAGGAGGAAGCGAAAACGCAACAAGUUCGCGCGAAUAAUGCGUUGUUGUUAGCACUUUACGAAGCGACUCAUUUAAAUCGGAAUUUUGUAACAACUUUAGCGUACACGCAGAGCGAUACCUGUGCCCCUCCAUCUCCAAAUAAUACCUUGGGACCAAACGUGGUAGCCCCCGGAGCUCAAAUACCCGACGUGAUGGCUCAACCAUUCAAUUUACUGGCUACAUUUUUACAGUAUUGUUCGAUAGUCAUGCAGGUGAUCAGAACAGAAGCAAUAAUGAAUAAUGUUAAAUUGUGCUUCCUCAUAUUAAGCUGCAUCGCGGAGGAUCAGUACGCGAAUAGUUUGAUGCACGACGCAAACCUGGCUUUCAGAGUGCAACUCCAUCGAGUACCGAUGCAUCAUAGAAAGAUACAAGACAAAGUAGCGCCUGCACAACCUUUGGCUGCUACGUUACUCGAUCUACUUGUCGAGUUUAUUACAUCGCACAUGAUGAAAAAAUUUCCUCUUGAACUUUACCAUCAAUGCAUUGGGGUUUUACAAAGGUUGCUUUGUUACCAAAAGAGAUGCAGGGUUAAGCUUGGUUAUCAAUGGAGGGAUCUUUGGACGGCGUUAAUCAAUUUACUUAAGUUUCUAACAACGCACGAAAGCCAUCUUAUUAAAAAGAUGAAUAUCUUUCCGUUAGCUAUCGAGGUCGUUAAUAUCUUAAAUUUGUUUAUCACGCACGGAGAUGCGUUACUACCUUCUCCGAGUAGUUACGACGAAUUGUUUUACGAAAUAAUAAGAAUGAGGCUUAUUUUUACAAAUCUGAAUGCCAUGGCGCUCCGAUAUUCAACGUGCGAAUCUUACGAGUAUAAAGAACACGCAUUAAAAUUAACAAAUUGUUUGGUGAACAUGAGAGACAUAGGGAAUCACUUUCCACCAAAAAUAACAGCAUGGCUGGCCAGCGAAAGUUUGUCCACGCCAACGGAACAACAAAUUUUAGCGAUCAUAAUACAGAAUUACGACAGUCUUACGUUAAAAUUACAAGACAAUUUGGAUCAAUACGAAAGAUAUUCCGAGAAACCAGAUCACGUUACAUUUUUUGAAGAAAUGGUAACAGGAGUCGUAAUCGACACCAGGGGAUCGAUAGAUUUAAGUGCGUUAGAUACACAGGCUAUAUUACAAGAAUUAUCAAAUAUUUCGUAACAUAGGUUCAACGUGGGAGUAUGAAUCAAAUCCUGCGCGUCCCUCUGUUAUCAUGAUGUAUUAUAAUGUAUUUUCUCUAAUACAGCCGGCUUCGCAUGUAUUUUUUUCAUAUCGCAAAGAACGUAG